AUGACUCCAAAUGAAUUACCUACAAAUUGGUCUAAUGAUCAAUUUACUUUUGACCAUAUUCCAACAGGGUUAGGACUACUUGAUGAAGAUUUUGAAAUCCCCGAACAACAUUUGCAAAAUAACGGUACAAUUCACACGCAAACGUCGCCUACUUUUUCUUUAGCGCAACAAAUGCAACCAUCACAACAGCAACAACGUCAACACCCUUCAAAAUCAAUAGAAAAUAACGUAGCACCACUUCUUAAUCCUUACUCGCCAACCAAUUCCAGCGAUCCAUCAAUUUUUGACCAUAGACCUGCAAUUUAUCAACCACCCCAACAUAUUCUUCCUGUGGCGUCACAUUUAAAUCCUCCAGCAUAUAUGCACCAUCCGUAUUAUAAUCCUUAUAUGUAUCCUGAUCCUGAAUAUUUCUCCAGAUUUAUGGCUGAAGAAGAUAAAAGGAAACGAAAUACAGCUGCUUCCGCAAGAUUUAGAGUGAAAAAGAAAAUGCGUGAGCAGACACUUGAAAAAACGGCAAGGGACAUGAGUGCAAAAGCUGAAAUGUUGGAAGCUCGUGUAAAAGAACUUGAAAGAGAAAUUAAAUGGUUAAAGAAUCUACUCAUUGAAAAAGAUUCUAGAAUUUCAAAACAACGUUCCGAGAGUAAUAGAGGUGGUGGUGAUAAAAAUGAAAGUAGCAAUGAUCAUGCUAAAAGAAGCGAUCAACAGCAUCAAAA